AUGGCGGCGAGGGCUGGCCAUGGGGGGACGCGGGGGCCAGCGGCGGCCGGCGGCGGCGCGAUGCUCAGCCAGCCGUCUGUCAAUGCCGGCGGCGGCGCGGGGGCUGGAGACGCCGUGCUGGUGCCGGCGUCAGCGCUGGAGGCGGCUAUCGCCGCCGCGACCGAGAGCGCGCCCGCAGCGGCUGGGGCGGCGGGCUGGCCGCGCGGCGUCGGCGUGCGGGGCGGCCUGCGAGAGGUCGUGCUGUGCCGCUUGGACGCUCGCGUUCCCGCGCCGCUGCCGGAAGGGGCCGCUGCGACACGGCUCGCGAGGGACGCCGGCUCGGGCGACUAUGCGAGGUGUGCCUCAGUGAGCCGGCGCCACUCCUCGACCGGGCCAGCGGCGGCGGCUCCGGCGACGCCGCCUGCGUGCCUGGGCUUUGGGAUGGAUAGCAGCAACGCGCGUGUUGUUUUUGGGCAGGCCGAGCGGUGA